AUGAAGGGCAGCAAAUAUCAAAACGAUGCAGAUACUACUAACAAUAACAUCAUGGGUGAAAGUUCGGUGGAGGAGAGCCAGAAAAAUGAACACAGACAACAGUCGAGGAAAUUGAGCAAGUUCAGGAAGAACUUGAGGCAGAAAUCCGUAGAGGAUAAAGUUAUACCAUCCAAGAAAUGGGAGUUCUUGGAAUCAUGGCAGAUCUUAAGAGAGGAAAGUUUUAUGUCAAUUUUAGUGGCCUGGGGAAAGGAGAGAGGGUUCUAUUUCCUGGGAGUGUUCUGUCUGCUGAUGUGUGCUGUUUUGUUCACUCUACAAGCUUUCAUGGCAUUUAGGUCUUAUCAGAUGCUGCAUCAGAUCACCACAAAGAGACACAUUCCAGACACCCUCUACCAGAUCUACUUUGGCGGCCAUGACUGGGCUCUGGACCUGGACAGGGUAGACUUACGGGCCAACACCUCUCUCUUUAUGCACUGA